AUCAACUACCUCAUACCUAGAACCAAAGGCUGAUUCGAAGAUUUUCUGGGGCCGUUAAGGCUUCCACAGCGUGAAUCAACUAGAUCGUAUAGUCAUGUCGAUGGGGCGGAAGUAUGAGAAGGAUAUAAAGUACCUUUCAGACAACAACAACAACAACAACAACAACAACACCAACAACCUAUCCAGUAUUCAUCCCUUCACUCAACCCAUCCCCUCAAUAACCCAAACACCAGAAUCAACCCCAACUCAAAAUGUCCCGCCUCAUCGACGCCGUCCCACCCCCCUCGCAACCCCCCAAGAUGGAAGUUCUCAUCCUGGGAAUGCCCCGAACCGGCACCAUCUCAAUCCGCCUCGCCUUCGAAAUCCUCUCCUACAAGCCCUUCCACGGCCGCAUGAUGGACACCCUCACUCACCUCUACCCCCUAUGGACCGAAGCCCUCUCAGCCCGAUACCUGCACACCGUUCCCGUGUACACCCGACCCGACUACGAUAAGCUCUUCUCCGGAUUCAACGUCUCGUGCAACAUCCCCGGUACUCUCGUCGCCGAAGACCUCAUAAGAGCGUAUCCCGAGGCCAAGGUGAUUCUAAGCACCCGAGACGUGGACAAGUGGCUUGGUUCUAUGCACAAGUCAGUGGAUAAGGCUGUACAGUGGAAGUCGUUUGAUUGGGUGGCGCGGUGGGACACUAAAGUAAUAAACCCCUGGUGGCAAUACCACAAAUUCACACACAGUCUCCGCCACCUCAUCGCCCCGAAUGGUGAGCGCCAAGCAUAUCUAGAUCACUACGCACGCAUCAAGGAACUUGUGCCCGAAGACCGUUUGCUGGAGUUCAAUCCUGCGGAAGGGUGGGAGCCGUUGUGCGAGUUCUUGGGAAGGCCGGUGCCUGAGAUGCCGUUUCCGUGCGUGAAUAAUACGGAGCAGUUUUUGGAGGGGAGGAAGAGGAGGUGGUGGAGGAGUGUGGGGUUGAUGGUGGUUAAGACAAGGUGGAAGUCGGACGAGGCUGUGAUUGACGUGCAUGCAUCUUGGGGCCGCUUACCCGUCUCACUCUGA